CAGUUCACAAAGACAUUGGAAUAGGGCCUGAUCGUAUCGAUAAGGAGAGAGAGAGAGAAAGGAAGAUAGAGAUAGAGAGAGAGAAAGUUGAAUGGUCUGAAGAGUUUCCUAUAACGUGUCGAUCUUUCUCAAAUUGAACGAGUUUGUGAACAAGUGAGAGGAGGAUAGUGCGCGUGCUCGAGACAGAGAGAAAUUUUUCUUUUUUUUUUUUCUGGAACUAAAGAGAUUAUAUUUGGUUAUUACUUUUACGUCUUCGACGAGGGAAAGAGAAUGGCGGGUUUGUUCACCACGUUGCUCGUGUUGUGCGCUCUAAACGUGAUCCUGAUCCCGGAUACGAUUUACGCUAGAUCAUUCCCCUUGCUUAGCAGGCAAAAGCGGAUAUCGGAUCAAAUGCUGGCCGAGGCGGACACACGUAGCGGAUUGAGCAACGUGAAGGGGAUGGUGAAGACGGUCCCGGUUGGAUUCGGUGUGUUUAAUCUGGAGCAGAUAGGUCGCAGAAGAAGAUCCACGAUUAACAACAAACUUGAAACUUUGAAACGUAUCAUGCAAAUCAUUAAUGACAAUCCUGAAUUGCUCGACGAGGAUAACGUUCUUUCGCCACAAGUGAAAUUAAAGGAGAAUCAAAGCGACGAAUAUUCGCUUAUUUAAUUUCACGAAACACGAAAAUCGCGCUGGAUCACAGGGCAAGUAACAGGGUCGAGAGAACGAGGAAUAAUGAAGAAGAAGAAGAUAAAAAAAAUAAACGAAGAAAAAACAAAGAAGGGCAGAAAGAAAAGGUUUGAGAGAAGAGCAAGAAGGAAAAAAAAAAAAGAAAAAUAUUAUACGCGAUCUCUCGACCCUAAAAAACCACCUACAAACAGUAUUACGGACUGUCCUCCGUCCGAAAUUAAAAAAAACCUAUUAGGAUAACUAAGUAAUUAAUCACGAUAAUAUAUAUAUAAGAGGAGAAGAAAGAAAUUCCUAUUGAAUAUCGUAUUUCGAUAAGUGUUUAUCGAUUUCGAUGCCGAUCGUGGUUUUAUUCGACUUUUUAUUCGUUCCUGAACAUCUGCCAUUUUCGUUAUUUAUUUAUUUAUAAUUUAUUUUACUUUGGCGUAGCGUAUAAUUUAUUUAUUAUUUAUCGAUCUUAGGCUAUUAUAUUAUUCUUAGAUUUCGAUUCUUCUCGAAGAGAGAAACGUAUAAUGUUGUAUACAGUAGAAUUAAUUGGAGGGGAAUUUUUUUAAAUAAUUGAUCCAAAUGUAAAUUUAUAAACAAUGCAAUACAAACAUGUCGAUACAAAUGUGUGAAAAAGAAAUUAAAAAUCGGGCAAUUUUUUUAAAUUUAGGAACGUUUAUUGCAAAAUUUAAGAAAAAGAAAAAAAAAUGAUUAAAAUUUUACAAUCGAUGUUACGUUACGAGUAAUAAGUAACGACGAAGAAAGUAAAUAUUGUUAGUCCAAGCAGUUAGAUUAGACAAAUGAUUCAUCCUGUGUUAUAAUUAUUUGUAUAACCUCGAUUUGGAUAAUCGACGUUCUACUGUGUACAUUCUUCUCUCUUUUGAUUUAAUAAUUUAUCUUGUGUAAUUGCAUUUUUAUUUUUUUUAAGAAUAAUUCGUGGUGUGACGAAGGACGAGUGAUAUUUAUUAGCGAUGAAUGGAGAAUUACUGGCCUACUUUCUUCACGAUUAUUAAUUAAUGAUUAUUUAAUGAAUAUAAUCUUAGGCUCCGUUUUACGUAUCUCUCCGAAACGGAUGGAUUUUUAACGAUCGUAGAGCUCGAAUAAUGAUUCUCUUUCUUUUUUUUCUACAAGAAGAGAUCUUUUUUCUUUUUUUUACAAAAAUUUUUUAAGAAGAUUCGUUUCAAAUGUUUACGAGGCUAUUACAUCUCUGUUCCAUAUUUUUUUUCUCGAUCGUUUUCACAACGCGACGGUUCUUCAAAUUUUUCAAAGUAAAGUUUUUUCGAGAAAAAUGAAAAAGAUUGUUAUUAGGGAGGGAAAGAAUUGUUCGUUUUUUCGUGAUUAAUUGUAAAUUGAUUCUUUCAUCGUCUUCAUUAAACAUGUUAUUUUGCUUUAUUGUCGAAGAAGAGGAGAUAAAAAUUAAUCGCAAAACGACAGAAUAACAUUGAAAUGUUUUAACAAUUAAAUUUGGAAAAAAAA